AUGCCACCAAGAGGCUCCAAAUCCACCAUCCCGAUCUUCAUCUUCCUGGGCCUCGUGCUGGUCUUUCUCCCCAUCGCUGCCCUGGUCUGCGUCUGUCUACAGCGGCGCCACCAGCGCAGACAGAUAGAAAACCCCCGAGCCGGGACCGCGCAUGCCGUGGCGGAGAGUAUGCACUGGUGGUCCAAGUCCUCGCCUAUCGAGAUGGGGGAUUUACAACCACCACCACCACCACCACCACCACCACCAGCGGCGGUGGCCAUCAGACCGAUUCGCGGCAUGUCCGUGGGGAAGAGGCCGACACACUACAUGCACGGCGCUCUAGGAGCACACGAAGAAAAUGAACACGGCAAUCCACGCGGACAGACCGCCCAAACGCCCACCAGAGUCGACGAGCACCACAGCCGCAACCAACCUCGUGUAGAAGCCAGGUCUCCUGCUGCGUGGAGUCCCUUUUCAGGUCCUUCACCUCUGCACAGCCCGCGGUAUGAUCUGCAAGCAGUAUUAGGAGGCGAAGACUCACCGGCCAGUGUUCGGACAGGUGGGGAGAGACAGGCUUCCCUGAGCGAAGCGCCCAGAGUGAAGAGUCAGAAGGUGAGCCCGCAAGAGGCUGCACUGGUAUAUCAUGCAGGCGAGAGACCGGCUGUGCCGGAGUUAUGA